CAUCAGGGGUGUAACUAACUUUCAUCAGGGAAAGUGUACACACAUCACAGACGUAUACAUCUCUGCUCUGCUUUGGGGAAUCUUCCUGCCUUUCUGGAUAAAAUUUAAGGAGAUCUUUAGUUCUUAUUGGAAUCAUGGCACUCAGGCAAGAUUCAGAUAAAGAGCCAAGCAUUGAGCUCUUCAUUAAGGCGGGCCACGACGGAGAGAACGUGGGAAACUGUCCCUUCUGUCAGAGACUCUUCAUGGUUCUUUGGUUAAAAGGAGUUAAGUUCACAGUAACCACUGUUGACAUGAGGAAGAAGCCAGAUGAGCUGAAGGAUUUAGCUCCAGGUACCAACCCUCCUUUCCUUCUGUUUAAUGGCACACUGAAGACUGACUUUAUUAAGAUUGAAGAGUUCCUGGAGACCACCCUCGCCCCACCCCGCUAUCCUCAUCUCAGCCCCGUCUACAAAGAGUCAUUUGAUGUUGGUGCUGACAUUUUUGCUAAGUUCUCUUCGUUCAUCAAAAACAGCCCAAAUAAUACUUUCCAUGAAAAAGCCUUACUGAGAGAGUUUAAGAGAUUGGAUGAUUAUCUGAACACACCUCUUCAGGAUGAGCUGGAUCAGAACCUCUCUGUGUCUAGAAGAAAGUAUCUCGAUGGAAACCGCUUGACACUGGCAGACUGUAAUCUGUUACCAAAGCUUCAUGUCAUUAAGGUUGCAUCUAAGAAGUACUGCAGUUUUGACAUUCCUGUUCAGUUUACUGGAGUGUGGCGUUACCUGCAGAAUGCAUAUGAGAGAGAAGAGUUCAGCCAGACAAGCCCAGCUGACAUUGAAAUCGAGAAAACCUAUCUGAGUGUGGUCAAGAGAAAGUGAACUUCCUCUUCCUUAAGUUUAUCCUAUGGGGCUUGGAGGAGGCCAUGCAGAAAAAUAUUUAAAUAGUGUAAAUAGUUUGUUCACGGAGAGGUUUAUAUCAAUUUGCGAACUUGUAAAUGACAGUAAUGGAAAGAUAAAAAAAGGACAAAUAAAAACCACUUACAGCUCAACAUUUUACUGAUGCCUGCCUUCCAGAACCAGAAGGACUACUUUUGAUUGACUGCUACUGUUAGUUUAAGAUUUGAUUUUGAUAGGUUUCUGGGUUAUUUUAUCAACAGUCUGUAUCACCUCUUUGUGCUUUUAAUUGCUCACAUUUUUGUGCAUAAUGUAAAUAUGUAUUUUUAGAGUAUAUUCGGUUAUCUGUAUAGGGAUAUCUAAAUGUGUUUGAUCAUCUAGAAUGAGCUUACUCUUAAAAUAAUAGAAGUGUAGUCAAUAUAAACAGUGAUCAGUAAGCGUAGAUGAGUUACACAGUAAGAUAUUCAUUCACAGUAAUGGUUGUUUCAUAUGAAGGGUUAUAUUGUGAUACAGAUAUGAAGAUCACCACUGAUUAAUGUAGACAUUAUGAUUGUUUAAGUAAAAGAUUAAACUGCUUUCUAUCAGAAUUUACUUCAAAUAAAAUGAAUAUAGUGCCGUCA